GCCUUCGCGACGCGCGCCGGGCCCCCGCCGAGGCCCCGAGACCGCACCUUGACGCCCCGCGCCGCCGCACCCACCCAAACAACACCAUGGCGACGUACGUGAACAACCUGGGCAUGGCCAAGGGCACGCACCUCAUCGAGGGCGCGACGCUCAUGCCCAAGUGGGAGGACCGCUCCGGCAUCCCCAUCUCGCAGUCGAAGAUCAACCUGCUCCCGAAGAACGUCGCGCAGGACCCCAUGGACGCCAAGGGCCCGAUCUUCGACCUGCACGGGAACCCGGACACGUUCAACCUGCACCCGAUGCUCCACGAGAAGAUCGACGAGAGCGAGUACUACAAGUGCCUCUUCGUCUUCAAGACCUUCGACAAGGUCGUCGACGUGAUCUACGAGAAGGUGACGUACGUCGAGCCCUGGGCCGCCGGGUCGACGCGGAGCCCGUCGUCCGCGUACUGCCUCCUGCUCAAGCUCUUCCACCUCCGGCUCACGGAGAUCCAGGUCAAGGCGCUGUUGGACCACGGCGACUCGCCCUACAUCCGCGCGCUCGGCGCGCUCUACGUGCGCUACGGCUGCGCGCCCGAGCGGACGUGGCACUGGCUCGGCCACUACGCGGACGACCUCGAGGAGUUCGCGCCGGGCCUGAACCCGAACCAGACGACGACCUUCGGGGCCUACUGCGUCAAGCUCAUGACGGACCUCCAGUACUUCUCGACCAUGCUCCCGCGCAUCCCCGUGGCCAUCGAGCGGCGCUUGAAGGUGGAAUUGGUGCUCCACGGCGAGAUGGUCGCGCGCGGCGCGCGCAACGCGCCGCGCCACCGCGACCGCGACCGGAGCCGCCGCGACCGCGACGACGGCCGCGACCGCGACCGGAGCCGCCGCGACCGGUCGCGGAGCCGCGACGGCGACCGGCGCCGCCGGGGCUCCGGCGGCGGCGACGACGACGGCGACCGGCGCCGCCGCCGGUCGCGGAGCCGC